AUGGCUUCUCACACUAAAAAGGACGAUUACUGCCUCGAGUGUCAUUGGGAGUCCUUCCAUAUAGACGGGAAAGAAUCGGAGAGCCAGUCUGACGCCCCCCGAGCAUCCCAGUGGGAUUGCCCAGGCGAAGGACAUGACGCCUCGCUCGACCACUGCCAUGUCGACGACGCCUGCUGCGACAUGGACGACUGCUCCAUCACUUGCCCUUCGGUUUGCGACGGGCUCGUGGAGUGUGAUGAUACCGCAUGCGCUGACACCCACUGCAAUGAUGGCUGUGACGAUACGCACUGCGAGAACGCCGAGGCCCUCUGCUUUGAUGAACAUUGCUUUGAUCACAAUGGUAACGAUGCAACUGUUGCAGACCAUACCCUUGAGUCUCUUUUAGGGCUAGCAGGCCCCAUUAAUUUAGAAUCAAACGAGUUACUUUCGGCAUGCACAGUGGGACAAUCGCAAGGAGAACAACUGCCCAAAACAACGGGCAAUGUCACCCAGGAGAUGGUAGCCCCUCAGCCCUCUAUGGACUCCCUCUUCCCUCAGCAUUCGAUCCCAGUCGCCCAUUGCCACUCUCACAGCUUCCCUCACUUUCAUUUCCAUGACUCUUCUAAAGACGCUCACGGCAACAUGAUGCACCAACCGUUCCCGGCUCAGAACGGCGUUAAUCCGGCAGAUGUAUUCCACAUGUUGGGAAUGUGCCCUGACCUUUCUGCCUGUCAAAACUUUCAUGUACACGAAAACACAAACUGCGACCAUGUUAACAAACCGAAUCCCGACACUAAUUCUAAUUCAUUCGCCUGUUUCCAUAUCCCGCCUAAUGUUAAUCUUAACGACCUCAUGAAAAGCCCGGUACAUAUCCACAGUAACCCCUCGAGGGGCCCCUGUCGUACGCAUCACCGAUGUCGUACGCACACGCAUGCUCAUGUACACCCGUACGGACAUUAUUCGCCAUAUUCCCGCCAGUCCCGGUCCAGUGUGAGCUCGCAAUUGAUAUCUAGCCCGGGCGAUACCCCUCCACCUCUGGAGGGCGGGACUCCGUCGGUGCUGACAAGCCCGAUUACUCCGACCGAGAACGAAGUGCAUGUCUGCAAGUGGACCACCAUGUCAAGCGGAGUGAAGACCAUUUGCGGAGCAGAAUUCUCUGAUUCCUGCACUCUUCAGGAGCAUCUGAUCGCGCAACACAUGUCAACCAUCAAUGGCGCCAAGGGUACCGGAUAUUACUGCUGCUGGGAGGGCUGCCACCGCCCGGAUGAGCCCUUCUCGCAGAAGUCAAAAUUACAAGGCCAUUUCCUGACCCAUAGCAACUACAAGAAUUUCAAAUGCUCGGUCUGUGGCAAAUUUUUCGCUCGACAGGCAACGUUGGAACGCCAUGAACGAAGCCACCGGGGGGAGAAGCCCUACAAGUGCUCUGAAUGCGGGAAGGCUUUCACAGACAGUAGUGAACUGAAAACCCAUUCACGGACGCACACCGGAGAGAAACCUUUCAAGUGUACUUUUCCUGGAUGUAACUUCCAGACCGGUGAUUCAUCAAACAUGUCUAGCCACCGCUUAACACAUGGUGAACGGAAACACAAAUGCAUUUACCCAGGAUGCACCAAGAGCUUUACUCGACCUGACCAACUCAAGCGACACAUGAGAUCGACCCACAAACACGACAGUUCGACCAUGAUGUCACCUGUUUCAGACCAGUUUACACUCUCUUUCCCCAUUGUUUAG